AUGGUCAAGGCGGCGAAAAGACCAAGAGAAGAGUACGCAUCUUCAGACGAAGAGGAGAUAGAUAUUGCGGGAAACAUCGCCUUAGAUGGAGACGAGAGCAGCUCCAGCGAGGAUGAAAACGGCAACGAGCCAGAACAAGAAGUUCAGGACGUUAUAGAGUUCAGUGACAAUGAAGAAAGUAUAGAGCAGAAACCAAAAGAGAAGAAGAAGAAGAAUAAGAAGCAAACAGUAAGUUUCCCAGCUCUGGAACUCUCAGAAGAUGAAGCUGAUCCGACACGAGAUGCACAAGACGCUGCAGACGAUGUCACAGAGUAUUUCUCGACCAACAGUAGUGCCAAUGCGAAGCACAAGAAAGGUUCGUUCGCGAGUUUUGGGCUUUCGAAGCUCGUACUGUCAAACAUAGGUAAGAAAGGUUUCCGUCAACCUACGCCGAUCCAGCGGAAGACCAUCCCAUUGAUUUUGCAGAAGCGUGAUAUAGUUGGUAUGGCCAGAACCGGAUCUGGUAAGACGGCGGCCUUUGUGCUGCCCAUGAUCGAGCGACUCAAGAGCCAUUCGGCUAAAAUCGGUGCAAGAGCCGUGAUUUUAUCACCUUCCAGAGAGCUGGCAAUGCAGACUCACAAGGUUUUCCGUGAAUUCUCUAGAGGAUCUGAUCUCCGCAGUGUAUUGCUUACCGGUGGUGAGUCGCUGGAGGAGCAAUUUGGACUUAUGAUGUCCAACCCUGACAUUGUGAUCGCAACACCAGGCCGUUUCCUGCAUCUAAAGGUUGAAAUGAAUCUCGAUCUCAAGUCCAUGGAAUAUGUGGUCUUCGACGAAGCUGAUAGACUUUUUGAAAUGGGGUUUGAGGAGCAAUUGAACGAAUUACUAGCUGCAUUUCCGACUUACAGGCAAACACUUUUGUUUUCAGCAACUUUACCUGCAUCACUAGUUGAUUUCGCCAAGGCUGGACUGUCGAAUCCUGUUCUAGUAAGACUAGAUACAGAAAGCAAGGUCUCAGAAAAUUUGGAGAUGCUUUAUCUGUCAUCUAAAAAUGAGGAAAGAGAGGCCAAUUUGUUGUAUUUACUGCAAGAAGUGAUGAAAAUUCCAGUGGCUACUGAAGAGCAAUUGCUCGAAUUCAGAAAGAGUACCAAAAAUGACGAGGAUAGUGAUAGCGAAGAUGAGAACGAUAAAUCGAAGCGCUACAAGAAAAAGAGCAAGUCGGGACCACGUAAGAGACUCCCAGCAGCAAAUGAAUUGCCGUCAGAACAUUCUACCAUUGUUUUUGCGCCUACUAGGCAUCAUGUUGAGUACAUUUCUCAGCUGUUGAAGGAUUGUGGAUACUUAGUAUCGUAUUUAUACGGUACGCUAGAUCAGCAUGCUCGUAGGCAGCAGUUGUUCAACUUUCGCGCUGGGCUGACCACCAUCUUGGUUGUAACGGAUGUGGCAGCCAGAGGUGUGGAUAUUCCCAUGCUAGCCAAUGUCGUGAACUACUCUUUACCAGCUUCCUCCAAGAUUUUUGUGCACCGUGUUGGAAGAACGGCAAGAGCUGGUAAUAAAGGCUCGGCAUACUCCAUUGUGUCUGACAAUGAAUUGCCAUAUCUCUUGGAUCUGGAGCUGUUUUUAGGAAAGAAGAUCCUGUUAACUCCAAUGUUUGAAGCUACCACUGAAAUGCUGAAAUCCAAAUGGAUAGCCGAGGGAAAUUCUGAAUUGACUUUCAAGCCUCCCAAGGUUUCUUAUACCAACAGAAUGGUGCUAGGUGCUUGUCCUAGACUUGAGUCUGAGACAUGUGGUGAUUUAUACAAAGGCCUCCUGCAAUCUAGCUUCGAUUUACAGCAACUGAAAGCGGUUGCCGUCAAAGCUGAAAGGCUUUACUUUAGAACACGUCCACCCGCAUCUCAGGAGUCGAUGAAAAGAUCUAAGGAAGUUGCCUCCUCGGGUUGGGACGAGCAAAACCUAAGAUUUGGUAAGAAUAUCGAGAAAGAGAAAUUAGACUUUUUGGCAAAGCUGCAAACGAGAUAUCACAAAGAAACUGUGUUUGAAUUUGCCCGUAAUCAUGAUGAUGAGAUGUCAAUGCUAAUGAAGAGAAGACGGAGACAGAUUGCACCAAUUCAAAGAAGAGCACGCGAGAGAAAAGAUCUUCUCGAGAAAGAGAGAAUGGCAGGUUUGAGACAUACGGUUGAAGAUGAAAUUUUGAAAGGUGAUGAAAAUGAGGUUGGAUACUCGGUGCCCGAAGAAGUAUUAAACCGCGAAUUUGAAGAUGCUGACGAGCUACUCGAAGGUCAGGCACUGCGUAAGAAACAGAAGUCGUUUAGAGAUCCUAGCUUCUUCAUAUCUCACUAUGCGCCAGCUAACGAAAUUCAGGACAAGCAGCUGCAAUUGACGAGUGGUUUCACUAAUGAAGCAGCCAAUGCAACAUUCGAUCUCCAGGGCGAUGACAAAGUACAGAAUCAUAAACAAGGAACCACUGUCAAGUGGGAUAAAAAGCGUAAGAAGUACGUCAACUCACAAGGUAUUGACAAUAAGAAGUAUAUCAUGGGCGAAAGUGGUCACAAAAUUCCCGCCACUUUCCGUUCUGGUAAAUUUGACGAAUGGUCCAAGGCCCGCAAACUCGGACCCAUCAAGGUUGGUGCACGGGAGUCGGCGUCUACCUCGAAGAUGCUCAGUAACCCAACUGGGCCUAACUCACAACGUUCUAUUGGGGGAAGGUUCAAGCACAAUAAGGUCAAAGCUCCCAAAUUGCCCGACAAGCUUAGAGACGAUUACGAGACGCAGAAAAAGAAGGUGGAGAAGGCUAUUGGUAGCGGCAUCUCUGUCAAGGGUUUUAACAAACCUGGUUCGACUAGCGAAUUGAAAACGCCUCAGCAGAUUUACAAGGAAAGAGUCGCCAAGGAGAAUAAAAAGGCUAAGAAUGCUCGCCCUACCAAGAGGAGGAAGCAUUGA